CGUUCAGAAAAAGACCAGGCUCUUUCGGUAUUUACUGAGGUUGUGAUGGUCAAAAAAAAAAAAAAAGAAAAGAAAAGAAAAGAAAAACUUCACUUGAUAUAGUAACCGGGUGCGUCGUUGUGUCACAUAGACGAUCUUCGAACAGUGUGCACAGCUGCUGCAAAUCGUGGGGGUGAGGCUGCAAGCAGGCGGACGCGUCUGAGGCGAGGAAGUCCGAAAGCUCGCUGUUGUCAGGCGAGCGGGAUAGUCAUGGCUAAACCCCGAAACCCGCCGCUUUAGCGCCAGCAAAGGUCGCUCCCGGAGCCGGAGGACGGGCGGAAAUCUCCACACUCCUCCGCAGCACCGACGUACACGGCGGAGGGCUUCCUCCGGUUUCCUCCCCCGCUGGAAGAAAUGUGGCUGAACCCGGAGGAAGCUCUGCUGAAAAACGCUCUGAAGCUCUGGGUGACCGUGAGGAGCAACGACUUCUUCCUGCUGCAGAAGAGGAGAGGCCACGGAGAGCACACAAAUAAGAUAACAGGUCUCCUGGUUGGGGCUCUGGACACGGUGCUGGACUCCAAUGCCAGGGUCACGCCGUUCCGCAUCCUGCUGCAGGUUCCCGGCUCCCAAAUCAGCUGGGUCAUCGCCAGCGGAGCCACCAUAGAGGAGGUGAACAAGCACUGGGACUGGCUGGUCCACAACCUGCUCCAGUCUCUGUCUGUUUUUGAGAACAAAGAGGAUGCUGCCAGCUUUGCCAAAGGAAAAGUCAAGGGCCUCAUCGCAGAGGAGGUUCGGGGGCGUCAGGCCGCCCAGGAGGAGGAUCCAGAAAAGUUCAGGGAAGCCCUUCUGAAGUUUGAGCUGCACUUCGGCCUUCCUUCGUCAGAGAAGCUGGUGACCUUCUACUCCUGCUGCUGCUGGAAGGGCCGGGUGCCUCGGCAGGGCUUCCUCUACCUCAGCGUCAACCACAUGGCCUUCUACUCGUUUCUGCUGGGAAAAGAAGUGAAGUUUGUGAUUCCCUGGGCGGAGGUGACGCGGCUGGAGCGGGUCUCCACCGCUCUGAUGCCUGAAGCCAUCCGGGUCACCACCCGAAAGCGCCAGAGGGAGUUCUCCAUGUUCCUCAACCUGGACGAGGCCUUCGGGGUCAUGGGUCAGCUGGCUGACAUCACCCUCAGGCGGCUGCUGGACAGCGUAGGCCUGGAGCUGGACCGAGUGCUGCAGCAGACGGCACGCAUCACCAAGAGGAUCUUGGAGGAACAGGCGAUCAGAGAGUACGUCUUGGCCUUGUUCCGGCUCCCGCGCUCAGAGAAGCUGUACGAGGUGGCGUCAUGCUCGGUGUGGACGCCGCACAGCCGCUCCCAUACGGCCGGGACGCUCUACACCACCGACAGCUAUCUGUGUUUCUCCAGCAGAGAGGAGGGCAGCUGCGCUCUGCUCAUCCCCCUCUCUGAGGUUUUGUCCAUAGAAAAGGCAGAGAGCACCAGCUCCCUUCCCAACCCGGUCAUCGUGAGCAUGCGGACCAAAAAGGCCUUCCAGCUGAUAGACCUGCAGGACCGCGACGACCUGGUGGAGAGCAUGAACUCCAGGCUGCGCUCGCUGCAGUGGAAACACUCCGUGUUUCGCAGCAGGAAGGGCAGCAGGAGGAGUGUGUCCUCCCCCACGCCCUACUACACCUUCUACUACGACACUGGCGAGGAGGAGGUGGAGGAGCAGGUCCUCCGUAACACCGUCAACAGCGAAGCUCUCAUGACGGCCUUCCACCAGAGCCGGCCAGGAGACAACGGCAACAAGAGCAUGGAGCUGGUGAAGGAGCGGCUGUGGGAGGAACAUUUCACGGAGUUUGGCCGCGGCGUUCACAUGUUUCGCACCGAGAAGAUCCAGAAGCUGGUUGCUAUGGGGAUCCCAGAGUCGCUGCGAGGGGAGCUGUGGAUGACGUUUUCUGAUGCAUGCUCCGAGCUGGACUCCCACCAGGGCUACUACGCCGGCCUGGUGCAGAAGUCGAUGGGCCACAGCAACCUGGCUACGGAUGAGAUCGAGCGCGACCUGCACCGUUCGCUGCCGGACCACCCGGCUUUCCAAAACCCCACCGGCAUCGCCGCGCUCAGGCGAGUCCUCACCGCCUACGCUCACCGCAACCCAAAGAUCGGAUACUGUCAGUCCAUGAACAUCCUCGCGUCCGUCCUGCUGCUGUACGCCAAAGAAGAAGAAGCUUUCUGGCUGCUGGUGGCCGUUUGUGAGAGGAUGCUGCCCGACUACUUCAACCGCAGGGUCAUCGGAGCCCAGGUGGACCAGUCUGUGUUUGAGGAGCUGAUCAGGGAGCGCCUACCGGAGCUGGCGGAGCAGGUCCCGGACCUGUCCACGCUCUCCUCCGUCUCCCUGUCCUGGUUCCUCACCCUCUUCCUCAGCGUCCUGCCCUUCCAAAGCGCCGUCUGCGUGGUGGACUGCUUCUUCUACCAGGGGAUCAAAUCCAUCUUCCAGCUGGGCCUGGCCGUGCUGGACGCCAACGCAGCGCAGCUGUCCGCCUGCACUGACGACGGACAGGCGCUCAUGAUCCUCACCAGUUUUCUUGACCAGGUCGGGAAUGAGGAGUCGCCUUGUGUUUCCCCGCCGCCGCCGCCCGCCGCAGAGGAAAACAGCUGCAGCGACACCGAUGCUCCCGCUGUGAGACACGCAAACAUCACCGACCUCAUCAGCGAGGCCUUGGGGAAAUUCAGACACCUGACGGUGCGGCACAUCGAGCAUCUUCGCUGCCUGCACAGAGUCCGGGUUCUGCAGGCCCACGAGGACACCAUCAAGGAAAACACUCUGCGCCUGGUGUCUCCGGACGUCUCCGUCUCUCCUGAGAAUCUGUCCGACCUGUACGACCUCUUUAAGACGGAGCACUUUAUCACCCUGUACUGGGGCGACAGCAGCUCCGCCGCGGCGGCAGAAGCCGCGGCCUGGCAGCACGGCGACUCCGGUCACUCUUUCGUGGAGCGGCAGUAUCGGCUGGACCGGCCGCAGUUCAAAAGCCUCUACGGGCUGCUGGCGCCGUGGCCGUCCGGGUCCAGCCAGCACACGGACACGCUCUCCAACCGCACCUUCACCCUGCUGGCCCCGGACCGGGACAACCUGGUCACCUUCAAGGAGUUCGCCAGCUGGCUGGACACAAUGUACUGUGAGGAGCUGAAUGAGAAAAUAAGGCUCCUCUACCGCCUCCACAUUCCUCCAGCUCUGACAGAGAGUGAGGAUGAACCGUCCCUCAGGAGCCCCCUGCUGUCCACUAACAGGCCCCUCUACGUUAACAAAGAGACUCCAGUUUCAGAAAGUGAAGAAGAAGAAGUGAAAGACUACCAGGAGCAGCUGAAGCAGAUGCUGCAGGAUUUGGUCAAGGAGAAGGAGAAAGACGCAGACAAGCCUCUGCCGCUGAUGAAUCAGCGAGAGUUCAUCCAGUUCUGCAAGACGCUCUACAGCAUGUUCCACGGCGACCCGGAGGAGAACGACCUCUUCCAGGCCAUCGCUACGGUAACCAGCCUUGUGCUGCAGAUCGGAGAGGCAGGUCACCGCGAACAGACCAAAGCGCCGGAGGAGAAGCCGGCAAAACCCACGGCGUCGUCCGACGGGGCUCUGGCCGCCGACGACGAGUGGACGGUGAGCUACGCUCAGAUCCUGGCCUCGCUGCUCACCGAGCAGGCGCUGGUGAACUUCUUCGAGAAGCCGGCCGACCUGACGGAAAAAGUCGCACGGGCCAAACAGAACCAGUACCAGCAGCGGGCGGGUUUGCUCACGCUGCAGAGAGGGACCAGGUGACUGUGUGAGGCAGCUGAAUUGUCUGUGACCGAUCAGAUCAAGACGGAGGCCCUUACCUGUAGCCUGAAUCCCACAGGCUCGAGCCAGAAUGCCCUCCAACUCCUCCGUGACGACGCCCGGCGAGGAAACGUUCAGGAUUAUCCCGUCACCACGCACUAAUCAGCCGCUCUCUACAACGUUUACACACUCUGACUAAUUACAGCAUUAAUUAUUAUACGUCCUUGAUUACACCAACUCAUCUGCCUUAUCAGAACAUUUUACCAGUCCACCUUAUGCACUGAAGGGACAGAUUUUACAAGCUUAAAAAAAAAAAGGUUUGUUUUGCAUUCAUUUAGUGCUUCUGUUUCUGUCAUAGGAAAUGUUUUCAGAUGCUCACUUUUUAAUUAAAGACAUUUUGAAAAAUAAUUUUCAGUUCUUUGCAUUGAAGUUGAGAGACAUUUGCCGGCCAGUUUAUUAGGUCAUUGAUUCACCAAGGUGUCGGGUCAUCCAUGCAAAUGUCCUCCUGCUCCACAGGGUUGCUCUGUUGGAUUGAGAUCUGCUGGCUGUGGAUGGUUCAAGCAACAAUUCCUAUAAAAUAAAUGGUACAGAGCCAGAAAAAAACCCUUUUCUGUCCUACAUGAUAAUACUGGGACUGCUGCAGGUGAAUCAACUUAAAACAAAAUAGAUGCCCAUAGAUAUCUCAAGUGGCUUCCAGGACAUUUUUGUAAUACCAGAUAUCAGGUGGAAUCUACCAAAAAAAUUGCUUAUUUUUUUAAUUUUCCAAAAAUCAACCUUCUUGCAUAACCAUUCCAGGCCUCAAACCUAAAUCAAAAAGUCUGUGGGAUGAGCUGAACAGAGCAGAGGAUAAUUAAAGAUGAUCUAAAUACAUUGUGCAAAAAUGGUCAAAUAAUUUCAAGUUUGGAAAAUGUCAUAAAUUAG